AUGGAGGUGAUGGACAGCUGCCAGUUCUCCCCGUCCGAGCUCUUCUACGACAGCUCCUGCCUCUCCUCCCCGGAGGGCGAGUUCCCCGAGGAUUUCGAGCCCAGGGAUCUGCCUCCCUUCGGCGCCCACCAGCCCGCCGAGCCCGCCUGCUCCGAGGAAGAGGAGCACGUCCGAGCCCCCAGCGGCCACCACCAGGCCGGCCACUGCCUGAUGUGGGCUUGCAAAGCCUGCAAGAGAAAGUCCACCACGAUGGACCGGAGGAAGGCGGCCACCAUGAGGGAGAGGAGGAGGCUGAAGAAAGUGAACCAGGCGUUUGAGACCCUGAAGAGGUGCACCACGGCCAACCCCAACCAAAGACUCCCCAAAGUGGAGAUCCUGAGGAACGCCAUCAGAUACAUCGAGAGCCUCCAGGAGCUCUUGAGGGAGCAGGUAGAAAACUACUAUCACCUGCCGGGACAGAGCUGCUCCGAGCCGACCAGCCCCACCUCCAGCUGCUCCGACGGCAUGGCUGACUGCGGCAGCCCGGUGUGGCCGGCGAGAGGCAGCAGCUUCGAGGCCGGUUACUGCUCCGAGAUGCCCCACGGGUACGGCGCGGAGCCGAGCAGCGCCCUGUCCAGCCUGGAUUGCCUCUCCAGCAUCGUGGACCGCCUCUCCCCGGGGGGGGAGCCCCUCCGACACCCCGGCUCCCUCUCGCCGGGAGCCAGCAUCGACUCGGGGCCCGGGACGCCCGGGACGCCACCGCCCCGACGGACCUACCAGGCGCUAUGA